UUCCUGUCAGGGGAAACAAAAUAUGACAUAGGACGAGAAUGCAGUAAUCGCCAUUUUAGAAUAAAAACAUAGCGUCUUGUGCUUAGUGAUCCUACGUUAAAACCAUAAUAGACGACUUCAGUAAAAUGGGAGAGGACAACAAAGAAACAAAUGACAGAAACACAGAUCGUAGGAGGAGGUCCAGAUCAAGGGAACACAGAAGAAGAUCUAGAUCCAGAAGCCGAGACAGGAAAGAUAGAAGGAGGAGCAGAUCUGGGUCCAGAGGCCAUGGUGGAGGCGGCGGCGGUGGAGGAGGAGGAGGAGGUGGUGGCGGCGGCAGCGGAGGAGGCGGUGGUGGAGGAAAGUCCAAUCACUCUAGGAGGCGUAAACCUUCUCUAUACUGGGAUGUACCACCCCCCGGUUUCGAGCACAUUACACCUUUGCAAUACAAAGCAAUGCAGGCCGCAGGUCAAAUUCCUGCUAACAUCGUAGCGGAUACACCGCAGGCAGCGGUACCAGUUGUAGGUUCGACAAUCACUCGUCAAGCACGUCGUCUAUACGUAGGAAAUAUUCCCUUCGGAGUGACAGAAGAAGAGAUGAUGGAGUUUUUCAAUCAGCAAAUGCACCUGAGUGGUUUAGCACAAGCGGCCGGAAAUCCCGUUCUCGCGUGCCAAAUUAAUCUGGAUAAAAAUUUUGCCUUUCUGGAGUUUAGGUCCAUCGAUGAAACGACACAAGCCAUGGCAUUUGACGGCAUCAACUUUAAAGGUCAAAGUUUGAAGAUCCGUAGACCGCACGAUUAUCAGCCGAUGCCUGGCAUGGCAGAAAGCGCGAUCGCAGUGCCAGCCGGCGUUAUUAGUACUGUUGUUCCAGAUUCUCCUCAUAAGAUAUUUAUAGGGGGUUUACCAAAUUACUUAAACGAAGAUCAGGUCAAAGAACUCCUCAUGUCUUUCGGGCAGCUCAAGGCAUUUAAUUUGGUCAAGGAUUCCGCCACUGGACUUAGCAAAGGUUAUGCCUUUGCCGAAUAUAUCGAUAUAUCUAUGACAGAUCAGGCUAUUGCAGGAUUGAACGGUAUGCAACUGGGCGACAAGAAGUUGAUUGUACAAAGGGCCAGCGUUGGAGCCAAGAAUACUACAAUUGUACCAAGCGUACAAAUCCAAGUUCCUGGCCUCAGUUUGGUCGGAGCUUCAGGACCAGCAACAGAAGUCCUUUGUUUGCUUAAUAUGGUGACACCGGACGAACUGAGAGAUGAAGAGGAAUACGAAGAUAUCUUGGAGGAUAUCAAGGAAGAAUGUAAUAAGUAUGGAGUCGUUAGAAGUAUAGAAAUUCCGCGACCGAUCGAUGGCGUCGAAGUACCUGGAUGCGGAAAAGUCUUCGUUGAAUUCAAUUCAGUAUUGGAUUGUCAGAAGGCUCAGCAGACACUUACCGGAAGGAAAUUCAGUAACAGGGUGGUCGUUACAUCCUACUUCGAUCCUGAUAAGUAUCACCGUAGGGAGUUUUAAUUUAUCAUUAUUAAUAUGUAGACCGUUUGAAUACCAUGUUUUCGUAUUAAUAAUCUCUUUUAGUUUUUAAUGCAACAUCAUUGUAUAAUAAUUGCAAAUUAUUAUUUUCG